AUGUCUAAGAGAGGACGUGGUGGUUCCGCGGGAGCGAAGUUCCGCAUCUCGCUGGGUCUCCCAGUGGGUGCCGUCAUAAAUUGCGCAGACAACACGGGUGCCAAGAACCUGUAUGUCAUUGCCGUGCAAGGUAUCAAGGGUCGUUUGAACAGACUGCCAGCGGCUGGUUCAGGUGACAUGAUUGUAGCCACCGUCAAAAAGGGUAAACCUGAACUAAGAAAAAAGGUAAUGCCAGCGGUGGUUAUUCGUCAGCGGAAACCUUUCAGAAGGAGGGACGGGGUGUUUAUAUAUUUCGAGGACAAUGCGGGUGUCAUCGUCAACAACAAGGGGGAAAUGAAAGGCUCGGCGAUCACAGGCCCCGUGGCCAAGGAAUGCGCUGAUCUGUGGCCCCGUAUUGCAUCAAAUGCUAGCUCGAUAGCUUGA